AUGAAGAUGCAACUGUGGCAGGAAAAUUGUUUUCUAAGGUCGUCAAAAUUAAUUUUGUAUUUAAUUUGUAUAUUAAUUAUGCAAAAAAUAGUGAAGACUCUCCUCUUUUCAGAACGGCGAACAUGGUUUAAAGCUCGUGACUAUUGUCGAAGUAUAGGAACUAAUCUUGUUAGUGUUCAUAAUGAAAAGGAAACCAAUUUUCUAAACAACAAUUUUUCAAAGACGUUUCAAUGGAUAGGACUCAGCAAUUUUGAAAACAAUGGGAGGUAUAUGUGGAGUGACGGCACGAGUUUGGAUUAUACUUAUUGGGGACCAUCACAACCGAAUAAUGACAGCAUGGUUUCCAUUAAAUGUCUUUUUUGA